UGCAAAGUCAAUCAGAUUAUAGAAGAAUUUUCAAGGCAAGCAGCUCUUCCUUACAUCAUGAGACUCCAUGUUGCCUUAAUGGCCAUUACAGGCCUAUUGGCUGCUGCUGGUGUGGCAUCUCACAAGGACACCAAAUUUGCCGACAAGGAGUUAUUGGGGAAACAGAAAUUUCUCUUGGAAAUUGUAUAUCGUGUGGAGGAUCCUUUGUUCUUUGAGGAAUACAUACAGCUGGGCAAAAGUUUCGUUUUCAACAAGCAGGACUACGAGUUCCCUGAAUCCCUUAUGUAUAAUGGCGCACACAUGUUGGAGUACUACCAGGCCUACCAACAUGGUGUGACCUUGCCCAAGGGUGAAUAUUUUGGUGCCUUAAUUGAAUCACAUUCUAAACAACUGUAUGGCUUAUUGGAUUUCUUUUAUUUUGCCAAAAACUGGGAGAUUUUUAAGCGUAAUGUCUGCUGGGCCCGCUUGCAUGCCAACGAAGGUCUAUUUGUGCAAGCCCUAACAUUGGCUGUUAUACAUCGUAAGGAUAUGGAUUACCUAUUCCUGCCUACCAUCUAUGAAAUCUUGCCUCAAUACUUUUUCAAUAGAAACCUUAUAUACCAGGCAGAGAAAUUCGAUUAUGAUGUAUGGAGCAAGUACAAUAUGUACGAAAAGGAGUACAAGGAUUUCUUGUAUAAGGACUAUAGCAAAUACUUUGAGGAAUUAGAUUCUAACUAUCAUAUCAAGUAUCACAACUAUUUCUACACCAAAGACUGGAAGUUGUGGCAAUGGUGGAAACUCAUGGGUCUGGAGCAGCAAUGGUAUGCAGAGAAGCAUUUCAUGCUGCGUGACAAUGCGGACAUCUUCAACAGGGAUCCCAAAUUUAUUGAAAUGAUCAAGGAUGUCAAGAAAUUCUGGAUGCCAGUUGACUAUAGCCGUGAUCUGGGCGUCCCCAACAAGGAAUCUGCUUUGACCUAUUUCACCGAGGAUGUGGAAUGGAAUGCCUAUUUCUAUUAUUUUAAUUUGGACUAUGCUCCUUUUCUUAGUGCCGAAUUUUUCGGUUUGAAAGAGGAUCGCCGUGGUCAAUACUUUUUCUAUUUUGUGCGCCAAAUGAUAGCACGCUACUAUUUGGAACGUUUAUCCCAUGGCUAUGGUGAGAUACCUGAAUUAUCUUUCUUUACUCCCACCGAAUAUGGCUAUAAUCCCCAAUUGGUUCAUUACAAUGGUGUAGGCUACUCCUACCGCCCCAAUUACUACGAUUACCAGACCUAUGGAAAUUUCCAAUCUCUACAUAAAAUCUUGAAUUUCUUACAACGUAUUGAGGAUAUCAUCUCCCGAGGUUUCUAUGUCACUGCUCAAGGGCAAAACAUCGAUGUACGCACACCCGAAGCCAUAGAAUCCCUGGGAGAUAUGAUGCAAGGAAAUGUAGAUGCCCUUGAUCAAUUUUUCUUCACUGUAUGGUAUACCCAGGCGCAUAGAUAUUUUGCCCAAGUCCAUGACAAUAUGAUGCAUGUGCAGCCCCAUGUCUUAUUGAACUAUGAAACCAUGAUGCGCGAUCCUUUGUUCUUCCAAUUCUACAAAAAGGUCAGCGACGUAUUUUACCAAUUCUACCAAUACAUUGAUACCUAUACCCACACGGAACUAUUGCUUCCUGGAGUGGAGAUUAAGGAAGUCAACAUCAGCAAAUUGGUUACCUAUUUCGAUUUGUUUGACUAUGAUGUUACCAAUUUGUUGAACGAUAAACCCAUUUUUGUCAAUGGCCAGUUUGUGUGGGACAAAACGUUGUUGGCCCGUCAGAUGCGUCUAAACCACAAACCCUUUGACAUUGUUUUAACCAUAAACUCCCAAAAGGAAGAAAAGGUUGUGCUGCGUACCUUUAUAGGCCCUAAAUAUGAUGAAUUUGGCCGUGUGAUGUCCCUAAAUGAAAAUCGUAAAAAUUUUAUAGAAAUUGAUGAACUAUACUAUGAACUAAAAGCGGGGCAGAAUAUCAUUAAGCGAAGUUCCAAGGACUACUAUUGGAGCAAUGGUGAUCGCACUACCUACACGGAGUUGUACAAAUAUGUCAUGGCCGCCUUUGAGGGUAAAUAUGAAUUCCCCUUGGAUUAUUAUCAGCCGCAUUGUGGUUUCCCCGAUCGUUUGCUUUUGCCUCGUGGUUGGUCGCAGGGUAUGCCCAUGCAAUUCUUCUUCAUGGUUUAUCCUUAUACUGCUUCUUAUGCUCCCUAUUCUUCCCACGAGUAUGCCUACGUUUGCGGUAUUAGCUCUGGUGUUCGUCACUUGGAUGAUGUGCCCUAUGGAUAUCCCUUGGAUCGUGAAAUAAAUGAACUGGAAUUCUUUGUACCCAAUUUGUAUUUUAAGGAUGUUAAAAUCUAUCAUGAGGAUAAUUUUGAGAAAUACUAUGACCAUAAGUAUGAGAAAUUUGGUAGCUUCGAUUAUGGUUACUAUUAUAAUUUUUAA